UCGAAUUGUUCAUAUUGAACCACGAUUGACACAUCUCGAGUAAUAUACGCGUAAAAACUUAAAUAAACUAAAAUUACAUUGACAGAAAUACAAAUGAAGCUGUGUGAAAAAAAGUUAGAGGGAUUUAUGAUUUGUUACAUAAUUCUGACAUGGAUUGGGGAAAAGCGUGAUACGACGGUGUCGCAUCGGGAAGAUGAAUUUACCAACGAGUUUUUCUUCAUAAUCGAGGUUUCUAUGGCAGAGGAAGUUAAAGCCCUACUGAAGGAAAACAGUUUCGCUUUUCAGGCGCAGGUAGUUGACGAUGUCUUCAUCGUUACAUAUGAAAAGGAUACUAAAAAGGUCUUUGAAGAAAAAGAAUUACAAUUGCUGAAAAAGAGCUUUCAGGGAAUGGUUAAGGAUAUUCAACAAUGCAGAAUUAUGCAGAAUGCAGAAUUAGCUGUAGGGAAUAGCCCUAUGGACGGAUUAGAGGUUGAUUACACUAGAGAAGAUAAUCAAACAAAAAGAAGUAAAAGAGACGGACCAGACCAAGCUUUACUCAACACUUACCCAGUAUGUUCACAACAGGAUCAUCGUUUUGAGGACGAACCGUACUGGGAUGAAGGAGAAAAAAUUGAUGAAACGUGGAAACUGGGAAUAACUGGAGAAGGCAUUACUGUGGCUAUUCUUGAUAUAGGCUUUACCGUUGACCACCCCGAACUACAGCCGAAUAUAAACAAAAAUCUAACCUUCAACGUCGUUACAUAUAAUGGAGACGUGUCUGCAGUUCUGUUUCAUGAUUACAUUGGAGAAACAAUCCAUAAAACAAAUCACGGAAACGACUGUGCAAGUGUAGUCGCAGCGGUAAAAGGAAACAAGAUGUGUAGUGCAGGCGUGGCGCACAAUUCCAAAAUAGCUGCGCUGUCAAUCGGUUCGUUUAAUGGAAUGCCAUUGAAGACAAUAAUAACAACCGCUAACAUUUGCAAAGGCCUUGCUUAUCAUCAGAGUAAAAUAGACAUCUAUUCGUCAAGCUGGACAUUUACUUCAUCAUUUGAAGAAAUGGAUAUUGGAUCCGAAAGAGCAAUAAUCGCUGGAAUUGAAAAGGGUCGGCAAGGAAGAGGCAAUGUGUACGUUUCUGCAGUAGGCCCUGUAGGAAAUGGGUUUACAAACAAUAUAUUCAUUAUCGCAGUCAACCAGAUUGGCAUUUAUGGAAAUAUGUCCGAGAAGAGCUACGCUAAUCCAGGGGUUCUAAUAUCUUCCUUCGGAAAGGGAAAAACGCGUGCCGAUGACUACAUGUUUACUGCAUCCCAGAGGUACGAUUCGGGAAUACUAUGCAACGAUAAGUUCCAAGGGUCAUCUGCGGCAACCCCUAAGAUUGCUGGAAUAGUCGCUCUCAUUCUUCAAAGCCGUCCUGACUUGACAUGGAGACAAAUCCAGCACCUUAUCGUUCGAUGUUCAAGCCACACUAGCUUAAAGGAGUCGAUCAACUUUAAGCGAAAUGGUGCCGGGCACUACUAUCAUCAGCAUUUUGGAUUUGGAUAUCUGAAUGUGGCUAAGUGUAUUGAACUAUCAGAAGACUUAAAAGCAUUACACAGAAUAUGCCAGGCAUAGCUACAUUUCUAUGCAAUUUGAAAGGUCAGAGAAAUCCAUCAGUCGCAAUUUUCGAGGCCACAGUUGAUUCGUUGAACGAAACAGUGGAGCGUGUAACAACCACAAUAAAUAAAUCAUUGCUAGGACGCAUUUCAAAAGCUGUAUUAAUUUCUCCGAUGGGCACUUCUUCUAUUCUUAUCGAUGGUUCGGAGUGGACAAAAGAUGUUCAUAAGCCAUUAAAGAGCAAUGCAAUAACUUCUACUCAUUUUUGGGGUGAAGGUACAGCUGGAAGAUGGACAUUAAGCUUGAACGGAAGGUUUCACAAUGUAAAAGAUGACUCUGUGAGCCUUACAUUCACUGGUAUAUUUGUGACGCCAAAGGAAGACAAAGAAGAGGAAAACACUCGAGAUUCCGAUUUUAUGUUCAUUAGUAUUGCAUUAACAUUGGCGGUUCUACUUCUCGUUCAUGCUGUGAUUUGGAGGGACUACCUUUACGCAAAUAGGAAUUAAAUCAAGACAACAAUGGAAACAGUCAUUACUAACAAUUUAUCGCACAAACAAAAUUACAUAAAAGACAAACAUACCAAUUUUGUCAUAUAGUAUUUUUUAAAUAUAAUUUAUAUAUCAUUGGACGUAUGCCUAUCUUUAACUGGAAUUUUACUAUGUUUUACUGUGCAAUCUUUUGUUAAUGAGAGUAAAAACAAUUGUAAACAGUCAUGAUAUAAAUAUUUAAUAUUUCAAAGCAGUUGUGUGUGAGAAUUAUGCUUCAAAGCUGAAUGAUCUUAGCAUGUUUUAACUUUAUAUGUUAGUUAAGCGUACCUGGCCACGCUAAAUAAAACAUCUUGUAAAAUACUUACUUAUUCUCUUCUGGGAUACUGCUUACGAACAUUCUUAAAAUGAUUAAAAACGGCAAAUGUAUUUGCAAUCUAUUCAGAUCUGUCAUUGUGUAAACAUACCAUCUAUGGAUAACAUAUUGUUUACAUUACAUUCCUAACCAUACAUCCUGAUAAUAAUUAGCAAUUAUAUAUAAUUAUACAUUUUACAGGUUAAUAUACACCACUAUGUGUUAUUCA